AAAAAAAAAAAAAAAAAUGAUAACAAAAAAAAAAUAUAAAUAAAAGUUCAUUGGAUAUAUCAGAUUUUCAUUUCUUUUUUUCGCUGUUCUAACAAAAGGAAUUGUAUCCAUUGAACAUUUCUAUACAUAUAAAGCACAUUCUACUUUCAUAUUCCUUAAACUAGCUUUGAACACAUCGAUUUUCCUAUUAGAGAUCGACUCUAAUCAUUCGCAUCUGAUAAAAAAUGCCUACACGAUAUGCAGACGAUCAUAGUUCAGACGACUCGCUUUGGAACAGCGAUUCUUAUUCACCAAGCCGUAGAAGACGUAGCACGAAAAAGGCUAAAUCAACAGCAUCAACGUCAUCUAGAAGCAAUACAGUGGUAAACGGUAGUGUUAAGAAACCGAAGAAACCAGGACGCAAGCCCAUGGAAAACCUUGAUGAAUUACCAAAAGACCCUAAAUUGAAAAGAAAGGCACAGAAUCGAGCUGCCCAAAGAGCAUUCAGGGAGCGAAAGGAGCAGUUUGUAAAUGAGCUCCAGCAACAGAUUGCUGAAUUGAAAGCUGCCAAAGAGAAACGUGAGAAGGAGCUAGCACAAGAAAAUGCCCUUCUAAGACAAGAAAAUGCAAAGCUCAAGGAGGAAAACGAAUGUUUGAAAGAAGCAGCUCGUUAUAGCGUCAAUGGACCUGUGGCAUCCUCAUUGCUGACUUCUCCUGCUUUAGCAAACAAUGUAUGCACUAAAGCCGAUGAUGAAGUUGAUAUGCUCCCUCUUGAUCUUGACGAUGAUGCUAUCACUUUAUCCUCUCUCAGUGAUCGAGAAGAAGUCCUUCAAGACCAAAGCACAAAAUCGCCUAUCCUUGAGCAGGAAGAGGUCCCAACGUCCAGCGUGUCCUUAAGUACUGAUUCUACACCUGAAAUAGAGCAAAUAGAUAGUUUUAGCUCGCCUCUUUCCGGUUCGUCACCGUUUAUGUGGAACAACGAAGAAGUUGAAGCUCCUCUGACAAUGCCUUCUCCUGAUUGCAACAGUUACUGUGGCUACUCCUCUCCUUAUAACAAUUACGACGAAACCGACGAACUAUCUGACUACUUGGGUGGAAAUGAAGAUAAUGGAGAAAGCACGACGCCCAUAACUCUGGCAGCGGACAACAACAUAGCCGUAGAAGGCUCUAUUAAUAUGCCUAGCAACGAUAGUAUACCAGUGAACAUUAACACAACAUCAAUCAACUCUUCAACUAAUAACGCGUUCUCUGAUAUAAGAAAUGAUUUUGGUGGUUUCAGCACAACAGAUCCUUUUUAUGCCACAACAACUGCAUCAGAUUUGAUCGUAUCCCCUCUCAUGUCUCAAUUGAAUGUACCUAAUACAGCUACCAAAGGUCUGUCUCCAGAAACUGCAACUACAGCCAUGAUGCUGCAGCAGCAAGCCUCUCUAUUUGGUGAGCCUUUUGUCGAUCUAUUCGGUCUAGACAGCAAAACGUCAAAUCCUUACUCUUAUAAUUUAGAGCAUUAUGAACCAUUUUUGGCCGAGCAACUGAAUACAAUGGAUCAGCCUAACCAAUUUGACAUCAGUAGUAUUAACAGUAGCGAAAUCAGUGACGACGCUUCUGGUGGUUUUAGUGCAAAACGAAAGUUAUGCCGAGAAAGAAUUAUUCAGCUACUUCAUCGGGCGAAGGGAACACAUAAUCACCGCAGCAUAUACCAAAUCAAUCAAGUGGUGAAGAGCCAAUGUCCAAUAAUCAAUAUGGAUCAAAUUUGUAAAGAUCUGGGGCGUCAGAUUAACAUUGAUGAUAAUCGUGUCUUAUCAGAUCGAGAAGUAGAUGUAUAUAUUGAGUGCAUUGCACGCGCACCUUAGUCUUUACUAUUAUACUAUGUAUUUUUUAUUCUUAUUUAUUGUGGCAACUUCUCUAUUUUCUUUUCCUUCAUACGCUUUUUUUAUUUAUAUUCAGCAUUUUGAAAUACAUUUUAUUCAAAUUGUUUAUACGCCUG